CCGUUGUCGGAAGGGAGUGGUUUGAAUGACGGGAUCACCCCUCGAAGAGGAUUAAGCAGUCUGAAACAGAGGGGUGUUGCCCUGCUCGUACACAGUAUUCUGCAACAACAUUUACUGUAUCUCCGCUAUAGACAGACUCCCGUCAUUCAACUAUAGACAGCAUGGUGUACCACCCCGAGUUUGAGCGAGCAGGCAAAGAGCCUGGGCUCCAGGUGUGGAGAAUUGAGAAGUUUGAUUUGGUGGCAGUUCCUGAGAACCUCUAUGGAGGGUUCUACACCGGUGAUGCUUACGUGGUCCUCAAUACUAUCAAGCAACGCUCUGGCAACCUACAGUAUGACCUCCAUUUCUGGCUAGGUGACUACUGCACGCAAGAUGAAAGUGGGGCGGCUGCCAUUUUCACAGUGCAAAUGGAUGACUAUUUGGGUGGAAAGCCCAUCCAGUACCGUGAAGUUCAAGGCUAUGAGUCCAAAGCUUUUCUGGGAUAUUUUAAGAAAGGGCUGCAGUAUAUGAAAGGUGGAGUUGCAUCUGGAUUCAAGCAUGUGGUCACCAAUGAAGUUAUAGUGCAACGCGUGCUACAGGUCAAAGGUCGGCGUGUUGUCAGAGCAACAGAAGUGCCAGUCAGCUGGGAGAGCUUUAACCAGGGAGACUGCUUCAUCCUGGACUUGGGCAACGAGAUCUACCAGUGGUGUGGUUCAAAGAGUAACCGCUUUGAGAAGCUAAAAGCUACUCAGCUUGCGAAGGGCAUUCGUGACAAUGAACGCAGUGGACGCGCUCGCGUGUAUGUGUGUGAUGAAGGGGUAGAACGAGAGAAGAUGUUGGAGGUUCUUGGAGAAAAACCAGACCUGCCCGAAGGAGCAUCUGACGAUAUCAAGGCUGAUGCCUCCAACAGGAAGAUGGCCAAACUUUAUAAGGUGUCUGAUGCCAGUGGAGACAUGACGAUUGCCCUGGUGGCCGCUGAGAACCCCUUCUCCCAGAGUGCACUAGAAUCAAGCGACUGUUUCAUCCUGGAUCACGGCUCAGAUGGGAAGAUCUUUGUUUGGAAAGGCAAAGAUGCCAAUGUGGAAGAGAGAAAGGCUGCCAUGAAGGCAGCAGAUGAGUUCAUCAAGAAAAUGGGUUACCCAAAGCACACACAGGUUCAGAUUCUCCCGGAGAUGGGCGAGACGCCUCUAUUCAAACAGUUCUUCAAAAACUGGCGAGAUGUGGACCAGACGGAAGGUCUGGGUUUGGCUUAUGUCUCAAACAGCAUUGCUAAGAUCGAGAAGGUGCCGUUCGAUGCUUCAACUCUGCAUGAUUCACCAGCCAUGGCUGCCCAACAUGGAAUGAUCGAUGAUGGCAACGGAGGGAAACAGAUCUGGCGCAUUGAAGGAUCAGACAAGGUUCCAGUUGAUCCCUCUACUUAUGGCCAGUUCUAUGGAGGAGACAGUUACAUUAUCCUGUACAAUUACCGCCAUGGAGGCAGACAGGGUCACAUCAUUUACAUCUGGCAGGGUAAGGACUCCUCACAAGAUGAGAUUGGGGCAUCUGCCAUCUUGGCUGCCCAGCUGGACGAUGAGCUUGGAGGUGGACCUGUGCAGAUGACUGGUGCUCCCCUCACCACUCAGGUGCGGGUGGUUCAGGGUAAGGAACCUGCUCACCUCAUGGGUCUGUUCGGAGGGCAGCCUAUGGUGGUGCACCAGGGCGGCACCUCCAGGGAAGGCGGUCAGACUGCGCCAGCCGAGACUCGGCUGUUCCAAGUGCGCUCAAACUCAACAGGGUGCACACGAGCGGUGGAGGUUGAUGCCGUGUCCUCCAAUCUGAACUCCAACGAUGCCUUUGUCCUGGUGACCCCGGCUGCAUCUUUCAUAUGGGUGGGACGAGGAGCCUGUGAUACGGAGAAACGUGGGGCACAGCAGCUCUGUGAUAUCCUUGGAGUGUCGUCUUCCGAGCUGGGUGAAGGAGGAGAGGAUGGUAGUUUCUGGGAUGCUCUGGGAGGAAAGGCCAAUUACCGCACGUCCUCCAGGCUAAAGGACAAGAUGAAUGCCCACCCACCACGACUGUUUGCCUGCUCAAACAAAACUGGGAAUUUCAUUAUUGAAGAAGUUCCUGGAGAGAUGACUCAAGAAGACCUGGCUACUGAUGAUGUCAUGAUUCUGGACACCUGGGAUCAGGUGUUUGUUUGGAUUGGUAAUGAAGCUCAUGACGAGGAGAAGACUGAGGCAAUGACUUCAGCUGCCCGAUACAUUGAGACAGACCCAGCCAACCGUGACCCGCGCACACCCAUCGUGAAGAUUAAACAAGGCUUUGAGCCGCCCACAUUCACAGGCUGGUUCCUGGGCUGGGACCACGACUACUGGAGCACUGACCCACUGGAGCGGGCCAUGGCGGAGCUGGAGAUCUGAACUUUGAGCUGUCACCCCUGACCUUUAAACCCCACUACCUUACUGCAAUUUGAUCAAAGUUGCCCUUAGAUUCAUAUAAGAUGCCAAUUUGAUGCUUAUGAAGGUUUAAUCAUGGAUUCAAAAACCAAAGCUGGUCCUGGGUCAGUAUCAAAAGGCAAUUUUUACUGCCCUGAGCUUCAGUCACCAAACAUAAGGCAACUCCAUUAAUUGAACUCCUUUUUACUUCUGUAUUUGUGUUUUUGUUGUGUGCUCAACAGUUUUUAAUCUUGUAAGGCUUUUAGAUUGUUGUGCUUGGCCUGCACACCUUAGGUUGCUGAAGGGAUAUCGUCAAAAUUAGUCAAAUAUCUUUUUGCCUUCUUUUUCUAUAAAUCUUUUUUAUGUGACCAGUAUCAAAAGUUUUACUAUAAAUAAUACUUUAGUGUUUUGAAUCAAUAUUUUUAUGAUAAGCAAUGCUUAUGAUGCCACCAAAUAUGAGGCAUUUCCACCUUGUCGCUAUUCCAUCUGACACUCAAGAGUUCAGUGAUUGGCUGUGUUCUCAAUAGAAUACUAGCAUACUACUCAUACUGUUCUGUAAGUGUAUUAUAGUGUGUGUACAGAAUAUAUUUAUAUACAUAAAAUACCUAGAUAACCUUCUACAUUUGCCAAAAUGUGCAGUAUACAACAUAGCAUGCUCUGUUGAACAUUUCAUUCCAAAGUGUUCCACAAUUGUUAACUAAAAAUAAAUUGAUGUAAAUGCAAAUAAAGCUAAAAUAAAAUUGGCAACCAACUGAAAGAAAGCUGAAGCACAAAAAUUAACUGGAAAUAACUAAAACUAAAAUCAAAA